UAUGUAGACAUUGACUUUUUAAAUUCCUAUGCCCAAAAAACACUUCAGGAAAAAAUUAUUAGGGUUUGAACAAAACCCCCCAUUUCAACCCGAAUUCCAGAUCUUUAAUUAAACACCUUUUUACACCAAGUUUUGAUUUUUCUGACACCCUUUUAGGUUUCCAGAAAUGGGUCAUCAUCAAAAACCCAAAAAUCUUAUCUUACAUUUGUGGGUCAUGCUCACUUUCUACUCGUACGACGUCGUUUUGGGGACCAGUGUUGAUCAAUCAGCUCUUCUUGAGCUCAAAAGAUCCGUUGUUGACCCAGAUGGAGUGUUAAAGAGCUGGAGUGAAAGCAAUUCGGAUAUUUGUUCAUGGGUCGGAGUCACAUGCGGGUCAAGUAAUCGGGUCGUGGGUCUUAAUAUUACUGGUGGAGGUAAUUAUGGUUCUUUUACUUGUACUAAAUAUAAUGAAUAUAAAUUGUAUGGAUUUGGGGUUAAAAAGAAUUGUAUUGUGAGUAAUGGUAAGUUAAUGGGUAAGUUGUCUUACGCAAUUUCUAAGCUUUCCGAACUCCGAGUGUUAUCGUUGCCUUUUAAUGAUUUAAGUGGUGAAAUUAGUGAUGAAUUUUGGGGGUUGAAGAAGUUGGAAGUGAUUGAUCUUGAAGGGAAUUUAAUUAGUGGUGGUUUGGGAUUUAAGUUUAAGGGCUUGGAGGGACUAAAGGUUCUCAAUCUCGGUUUUAAUAGGAUAUUGGGAGAAAUACCCCAUUCGUUGUCGAAUUUGAAAAAGCUGCAGGUUUUGAAUUUAGCUGGAAACCGUUUGAACGGGUCUAUUCCGGGGUUUUUUAAUGAGUUUAGUGAUUUACGGGGGUUGUAUUUGUCGUUCAACCAGCUUUCGGGGAAGAUCCCGAGCGAGAUAGGGUAUAACUGUGGGAAUCUUGAGCGUUUAGAACUUGCUGAUAAUUUUUUGGUUGAAGGGAUUCCAGCAAGUUUAGGGAAUUGUACUAAAUUAAGAUCAGUUUUGUUGUAUUCGAAUUUACUUCAAGAAGAAAUUCCUGUUGAGCUUGGUAGGCUUAGUGUGCUAGAAGUUUUGGAUGUAUCAAGAAAUAGUCUUAGUGGUGCGAUUCCGAAACAGCUUGGGAAUUGUAGGGCAAUGUCGGUUCUUGUGCUCUCGAACCUAUUUGAUCCGGUCCCUAAUGUUGGUGAUUCUGUGCAAACUGAUUUGGCUCAUUCUGGAGAAGAGUAUAAUUAUUUUCAGGGUAUAUUGCCUGUAGAAAUUACUAGUUUGCCCAAUUUGAAGCUGCUAUGGGCACCAAGAACGACUUUGGAGGGCAAGUUUCCGGACAACUGGGGUGCUUGUAGAAGCUUGGAAGUGAUAAAUUUGGCUCAGAAUAUUUUCACCGGUGAAAUUCCCAGGUUGUUCAGUAUAUGCAAGAAGUUACAUUUUCUUGAUUUGAGCUCGAAUAAGUUGACAGGAGAACUUAGUGACGAACUUCCGGUUUCUUGUAUGACUGUUUUUGAUGUUAGUAGCAAUAGUUUUUCUGGGUCAAUACCGUCUUUUCCUUAUGCUAAAUGUGCACCGUUCGAUACAUCAGCAGCUUAUUUAAGAUAUUUUGCAUUUAAAGAUGUGAACGAUGUUGAAAAUCUUGCAAUAAUACAUAAUUUUAGUGGGAACAACUUCACAGGAACGGCGAGUUCAAUCCCGGUUUCAAGAACAGGAGAGAAGUCCAUCUAUACUUUUCUUGCUGGUGAAAACAAGCUUAGUAGCCGGUUUCCUGGAGCUCUGUUUGAUAAAUGUUCUGAAUUCAAAGAGAUUGUCGUUAAUGUGAGCUCCAACAGAUUAUUCGGUGAAAUCCCGUCAGAUAUUGGUCAAACUUGCAGAUCUUUGCGGGCCUUGGAUGCAUCCCGGAAUCAAAUAUCCGGAAUGCUUCCUGUUAGUUUCGGUAAUUUGGCUUCCCUUGUUGCACUUAAUUUGAGCCAGAACAUGUUACAUGGAGUGAUACCUGUGAGCCUUAGCAAUAUUAAUGAUCUUAAGAACCUCUCCUUAUCAAACAACAAUCUUACCGGCCCGAUUCCUAUAAGUUUAGGUAAGCUGAAAUCUUUAGAAGUUCUUGAACUUUUUUCAAACUCUCUAUCUGGCCCGAUCCCAGAAGAUCUUGUUAAUCUCAGAAAUUUGACUUUUCUUUUGCUCAACAACAACAAGCUUUCCGGACAGAUCCCAUCUGGUUUUGCAAACAUCACUAGGUUCGUGAAAUUCAACGUGUCGUUCAAUAAUUUGUCGGCCCCGUUACCUGAAAACAUGUUGGCAACCCCAGAACAACAGCCUGUGCCUCCAGGUACAACAGCCAGUGGCAAUUAUGCAAAUUAUGAAUCUUCGACUCCUGCCCCAAAAGGUGGUGGUCGGAACUUCAAUUCGAUUGAGAUUGCAUCGAUAACAUCGGCUUCUGCCAUUUUGUCAGUUCUCUUAGCUUUGCUUGUUCUGUUCUUUUGCACCCGAUGGCAUCCGAAGUCAGUGGCCCAUGCGUCGACUCAAAAAGAAGUCACGCUGUUUACCAAUAUCGGGGUCCCGUUGAAUUUUGAGAAGGUGAUACAGGCGACAGGUAAUUUCAAUGCUAGUAAUUGCAUUGGAAAUGGUGGAUUUGGAGCUACGUACAAGGCCGAGAUCUCCCCUGGAUACUUGGUGGCGAUAAAACGACUGGCAGUAGGACGCUUUCAGGGUGUUCAACAGUUUGAGGCAGAGAUUAAAAUAUUAGGGCGACUCCGCCACUCUAAUCUUGUGACACUAAUGGGAUAUCAUGCGAGUGAAACCGAAAUGUUCUUAAUUUAUAACUACCUCCCAGGUGGAAACUUAGAAAGAUUUAUUCAAGAGCGAUCAGCAAGAGCUGUUGACUGGCGAAUCCUCCACAGGAUCGCGUUGGAUGUCGCUCGUGCACUCGCUUACCUCCAUGAUCAAUGUGUUCCACGUGUCCUUCAUCGCGACGUAAAGCCCAGUAACAUCUUACUAGAUGAUGAUUUAAAUGCGUAUUUAUCUGAUUUCGGUCUAGCAAGGCUUUUGGGUACAUCCGAGACUCAUGCCACCACGGGAGUUGCCGGAACAUUUGGGUACGUGGCUCCGGAAUAUGCGAUGACGUGUCGGGUUUCGGACAAAGCCGAUGUUUACAGUUACGGAGUGGUACUUUUGGAGCUUUUAUCCGACAAGAAAGCUUUAGACCCGUCCUUUUCAUCUUAUGGAAACGGGUUCAAUAUUGUCGGUUGGGCAUUAAUGCUACUUCGGGAAGGACAGGCAAAGGAGUUUUUCACGACGGGUUUGUGGGAGGCUGGACCACAUGAUGAUCUAGUGGACGUAUUGCACCUCGCGGUUGUUUGCACAGUGGACUCCUUAUCCACAAGACCUACGAUGAAGCAAGUGGUACGGCGGCUGAAACAACUGCAACCGCCAUCAUGUUAACACAGUGUUGUUAUAUAGUAUUUGUUAGUAUUGAUUAUUAUUUGUAAAUUGUUGUAUAUGUUUUGUUGACAAUGAUCGGAUCUGCACAGAUGAAGAUUUGUUGCAACCGCACGGGCGUAAGGUCUUGCUUGCUUUUUUUGUAUAGAAUUUUUCUAAAGCUGUAUUUGAUUUUGUCUGAUGACAUUUAUUUUGAUUCUACAGACAAGUAAUUGGGGGCUUGAUCUAGUAUUAUGUAAAAACCAGAGUAGAACAUUUCAUAGUCAUCUUUCAUUCGUUA